GCGCCACGGAAGACGUCGGGAUCGGUUCAGUAGAGACGUGCAAUAAGUCAGUCUGCAACUACACAGAAGUACCGCGUUUUGUUGCUCAAUAACACAAUCACUGGUCAUGGCACCAGUGGGAGCCACUGUGAAUGACACUAGCAGUUCACUCGAGGUGACGGGCGGGCUUCCAGACCAAUCGUCUCCAAAUUAUCUUCCAUAAACCUCCAGGUAACAGUAGGUGAUAACCGGCCUGUCGGGAACCUACGUGCGUGUCAAUUGUUGUCGGUUGUCACAGUGACUCGACAACCAGUUGAGAUUAUUAUCGGUCGGUCCAUUCAGGAAGUUACGCCUAACGAAUAUGUGCUCGGUAUUAAGCAGGGUGAGACCAUUUCAGCGGGCUCUGGCUCUCACGCUACGCUACAACAUAAAAACAGAGGGCUCGAGUUGUGCAGUUACCCGCAGCAAAGGCUCGUGUCUCGGCGUGAGCGACGGCGUCGAUCCGCUACUAAACACCCGGAGAUUUUACUGCAGCAGGAUGGCGUUUACCGAUGGGCUGCUCUUCCGACAACUGUUUGAGUCUGAGAGCUGCACCUACACAUACCUGCUGGCAGACACGGACAACAAGGAGGCUGUCCUCAUCGACCCCGUGCUGGAGACCCUCGACAGGGACCUGAAAAUCAUAAAAGAGUUGGGGCUCCAGUUGAAAGUGGCAGUUAACACUCACUGCCAUGCGGACCACAUAACAAGCACUGGACGGAUGAAGACAAAGCUGUUUGGAUUAAAGAGUGCCAUCUCCAAACACAGCGGUGCUGCUGCAGAUAUCCACCUGGUAGAGGGAGACGAGAUCAAAUUUGGGAGACAUUCACUGAAGGUGAAAGAAACACCAGGACACACUGAUGGCUGUAUCACCCUGGUGACUGGGGAUCAGCGCAUGGCCUUCACUGGGGACGCUCUCCUCAUCAGAGGCUGUGGCCGAACAGACUUCCAGCAAGGUUCUUCUGAAAGGCUUUACAGCUCCAUCCAUAAACAGAUCUUCACCCUGCCUGACCAUUGCCUCGUCUACCCAGCUCAUGACUACUUAGGCCAGACGGUUUCUACAGUCGGUGAGGAGCGCAAGUUCAACCCACGCUUGACUAAGAGCCUGGAAGAGUUUGUGCAAAUCAUGAAAAACCUGAAUCUUCCCAAGCCCAAGAAAAUAGAUAUAUCAGUGCCUGCUAAUCUGGUGUGUGGACUCCACGAAAUCUGAAUGUCACGCAGAGGAGAAGAUUUUAAUCAAAUAAACUACAUCAUUGCAAAGUGAUUAACAUUUAAAUAUUCUGUUUAGCAGAAUUAGUCCAAACCGCUUACCAUAAAAUGCUUGAUUGUGUUUCCGUAUGAAAAUGUAAAAUUUGAGCAGCUGUUGUCAUUUGCAGUGUAGCCACUGACAUCAUUAUGAUUAUGCUAAUAAUGUAAUCCUGUCUAUUUUUUAAAAAUAAUCUAUAUAUGAGUGAAAGAAUCUAUUUUUGUUUAAACUGAAA